AUGCAUCUCAACCAUGAGACACUUGAACAGCCGUCCUCGUUCUGGAGGUUCUGCUCGUCCAUGACCAUGUUCCAAGUCGCUGCACUAUGCCGUGGCUUUCUCUACGCCCUUAAUACUACGGAGAUACACGGACAGGAUGCAUUCUUACAGCUUCUGGAAGAACGGCGGGACCAUACCUCCAGAAAACGGGGUCUAAUAACUGUUUCGAACCACAUAAGCGUCAUGGAUGACCCUAUAAUGUGGGGGACCAUACCGCUUCAUAAUCACUGGGGAUACAAGUCGUUUAAUCGUAGGUGGGCGUUUGGAAGUCACGAUAUUUGCUUCAGCAACAGGGGGCUCUCGGCCUUUUUCACAUUAGGACAGGUGCUUCCAACGCAUAGACUCAAUCACUCCACGUACGGUGGGUUAUUUCAAUCAACGGUAACACAGGCUAUUCGGCUGCUUUCAAAGGGCCCGUUUCCGGUUACACCCCAUGCCGCAGCUGAGGGUAUGCAACAAUGGAGCUUACAAAAUAUCUGUGUGGACCCGUUUUCUGAAGUCGCCAUGGCAUACACGACUACCGGCUAUGAUUCGUACCUAGCACCGUCUGCGUACGCAUGCAAUUCUUAUUCGUGGGUUCAUAUCUUCCCAGAGGGCAAGGUCCACCAGUCUCCUACAAAAACCAUGAGAUAUUUCAAAUGGGGGGUGUCUCGAUUGAUUCUUGAAGCUUCCGAGUGCCCUGAUGUUGUCCCGAUGUGGAUCGAUGGUACGGACGAAGUCAUGCAUGAAAGUCGAACGUUCCCGCGAUUUCUUCCCCGCAUAAACAAAAAAAUUAGCAUCACGUUUGGUAAGAAAGCCGAUGUGGAGGAUCUCUUUGGCGAUCUAAGACGACGUUGGCAAAAGCUAAAGUCCGAGGUGGAGGAAGACGGCCAACCAACUUCCUUAGGGGUACUAAAUGAAGAACUCAUGUAUGGCCAGGAAGCAGUGGAGCUUCGGAAAGAAUGCACAAUGAGGGUCCGAGAACUUGUCUUACAGGUCCGUAGCUCCACAGGGCUACCAAAUGAAGACCCUAAAGCGAGUCUGGCAGAAACGUGGGCGCGAGAGGGAGGGAAAACUGAAAGAAAAAUGGACGACGACUCUUGGGUCCGGGAUGUUUGA